AUGGCGUUUCUGCACUCGCACUCGUCCGAGUGCAUGACGAGCUCGCUCGAUUUAUUCAGCCUGCCCCCCACUCAAACAUCGAUAGAGAGCAGUAACUACGUACAUUUCAAGCCUAUAUCAUCGCUCUCCGCAGAGAAUGACGCACCGAUCGAGUUCGUCGUCCCGGCCGCAAGCGACUACUAUUUAGACUUGGCUCAUACGAUGCUACAUGUCAAGGUUAAAAUCGGACCUCUGCAGGAUGCCGCUGCAGAUAAUCUAAGAGUUGGGCCCGUCAAUAACUUUCUUCAUUCCAUCUGGGCCGGUAUCGAAAUUUUUUUCAAUCAAAAAUUAGUGUCAUCGUGCAAUAGCUUAUAUCCAUACAGAGCUUACAUCGAAACUCUGUUGAACUACAACGACGACGCGAAAAAGUCGCAUUUAACAUCGACUCUAUGGUACGUGGAUCAGAGCGGAAGAUUCGAAGCCGCGCCCGAAUUGAGAAACGGUGAUCAAGCGAACAACGGCCUCCUACAAAGACAAUC